GAAAAUGCGAUAAUUUCCAAUUCAAAGGUUUAUAUUGGUCAACCAGAUCUUAAUCGUAUCAUUGUUUUCCAUACGCAACAAUUAAACGUUGUCCAUGUUAUUGGAACUGACCCAAGACCUAAUCAUCUUUGGCUGGUUCGAGGAGAAGUUGAAGAUCGCAUUUGGAUUCUUAAUUCUGGAACAGACGAUUUAAUCGGAGGUAAAAUUAUUAAUUCUGAACCUGAAAACUUUGGCUGGGAUUCAAUCUCUCGAGAUCAACAACGACACAAUAGGAAAACUGUCUAAAUAAUCCGAAUAACCCAAUCAGGCCGAAAUCAUAAUGUUAUCCAUCUUCAACCGAUUGAUGGUCAUUUUGAUUUAUAAUCUUUUCAACCAAUUCUUGGUCAACAUAUUCCACAAUUCAUCAAGUACUAGUCCAGUAUCAACAACAAUUAUUGUCCAAAAAGUAACAUCAAGUGGUCUAGAGUUUCUCUACGAUGUUCGAACUACUCUUUCAAUCGUAAAUUGCGAUUUCGUUUGGAAGAAUGGAAACUAUGACGCUCUUCUAGCAUCAGGAACAAUUAAUCGUGAAGAUUUACUCUAUUUAUCUCUAAUUGAUGGAAGAGUUGAAUUAAUCAGUGGUAUCGGUCGUCCUUCUAAAGGAUCACAUAGAUCAAUGGCCGUUUCCAGAAUAUCAUCAAUCGGAGCAAUAACAUCAUCGGAAAGUGUAUUUGUCGUCGAUCUAAAUAGUAACAUGGUCCAAUGUGAGACUCAAGAACAUCGUCAAGAACCAUCGGUUAUAUUGUGGACUUAAAAGUCACAAUUAACAAACGUCCAAAAAUUUUAAUUUCUCAAUUAGUAAACAAUUUAUUAACCAAUUGCGGUAUAACCCUGACGAGGAAAAGUGAUUAACAAUAACAGUGGUAUAAGGUUAGGAUUGAAAUCUCCUGAAAUGAAUGAUAAUCAAGUUUUACAAAACAAUUAAUCAUCUGAGUAACUUUGAUACUUUCUAAUCGUUCAUUGAACAUAUAUAAUAAGUGUUUAAUUUAAUUUAAUCACAAUGAUAAUAAUAUUAAUUUAGUAAUAACUGAUUCCAAUAUUUAAAAUUGUGAUUCAGCAAUCAAAUUGUGGUCAAUGUUUUUAGUUUAAUUGCUUUACAUCUUAAGGAUGAUCAAUCAAUUGAUUGGGGAACAUUAAAAUUGUAUAUUUUUAAUUCAAUCUGAACAGGUAACAAAUGUGAGUAAGACAAUUUAAAAUUAAUCAUGUUAAUCACCA